AUGGCUUCAUUCCGUCAAUUCCCAAUGGCAUCUGGUUAUUUAAAUGGACAAGGAAUUUUGACAACCCAGGUUGAUAAGACAACCUCUUAUGGCUUCGACAUCUCAUGGACGGUGUCAGGUUCCUGGGAUUACUAUAUUGUCACUGUCCUCGAUUCCGACGGUGAGAUCGCCCCUGGUUACCCGAUCGAUGUUUCUUCGCCAUCGGCAGAAUUGAUACAUCUCUUCAACAGUACUUCGUACGACAUGCAUGUUCAGCCAAAAUCAAACUCGGGAGAUAUGAACGGCGCCAAUGGCACUGCCACAGGACUCACUGAUGCUCCGGACCCACCGCGCAAUGUAACGUUUAGCCCCAUCGGAGAUACUGUCCAUGUAAACUUCCUGCCUCCUGAAACUGGCAGCUACGAUGGCUUCAAGAUCAGCACCAACGGUGACUUGACGAUUCUUCCGGCUAGUAGUAUGACCUGGGCCAGUGGCAGUUUGACCACUAAUACACCUUACACGUUUGUGGUGACGUCAUUCGUUGGUAUCGGUGGGGAUGAGACAGAGAGCACAAGCGAGAGUGGCACCAUAAGUCUAGUGGAGAUUACUCUUGAUCGGAGAGGCGAAACUGACCUUGGUCUCUCGUGGGGCGAACCAGUGGGUAAUGACUACGACAGUCUGGUGCUGACAUGGGCUCCACCAGAAACAUCUGAUGAUCUUAGCAUGGACACCAGGGCGUACAACCUGACCAUGCUGCAACCUGGAACCGAGUACACGGUGUCUCUUUACAAGAAGUUUGGCGGUGUAAGAGGGGAUCUAGUUGCACAGACCACUUUUCAGACAUUCCCGGCAACUGUCAAUAGCACCACAAUCACCUAUGAUUUGACGGUCGACGGUGACCUCGUAUUAAAAUGGCAAUCUCCAGUAGGGCUUGUAGAUUCCUAUAAUGUGACCGUUACCCCCGGAGAUCUGACCGUGAACGUCCCGGCCGGCACAGACCCAUCAUACACAUUCGAAUCUCUUGACCCUUCGACCGAGCACACUUUUAGCAUCGUGACUAUCAAGGGUGAAUUCGUCUCGCCAGACGCGGCUUCCUUCUCCGCGCUCACAGGACCAGCAGCACCAACAGGAAUCAUGAUCACCAGCUACUCUACUGGAGCAGACAUCUCAUGGGUGUCUGUUCCAGCUGCAGAUAUCUACAGAGUCAUUGUGACUGAUUCGAGUGAUGUCAGUUUGUUUGAUGAAAGGCAAAUGGGCACUACAGUCGAGCAACGAUCCUUGCAAGAAAGCACUGUCUACGCCGUUACCAUAACGCCCUUCGACACUGACGGGGUAGUUGGACGAGAGCUGAUAGGCAGGACAAGCACCAUGGAAUUCACCACAAUCGCACGCAUUGGAACAGUUACAUCUCGGACAAGCGAUUCCGUAACGCUCGGGGAAUUGUCUGAGGGCUAUGGUGUUGAGACGGAAGUAGAUACAGUCUAUGCAAAUUCGAUGGGGGUUGCGGUGAUGACGUCGUUAGGUCCUGGCAUGUGCUAUACAUUUAGCAUCAAAAACAAUUCAGUGCUCCUGGAUAUCUUCGAAGAAUGCACCUUGCCGGAUGCACCAACCUUGUCCGUAGUUAGAGGGAGCCCUUCAGAUUCUGUCCUGGUAUUGGACAUCACCGCACCAACAGGUGGAAUUGAUCAUUACAUCGGGACCCGUUCCGAUGGGGAAGUCGAAAGUUCCAUGACCAUCACGAAUGUGUCCUCUCCGUUCACGUUUUCCGACUUGGUGCCAUUCACAACGUACACCUUCACUGUGGUGACCGUGUUCAUGGGUCAAAAUAGUUCCGAGGCCCAAGAAUCACUCAGCACAGCUCUGAGUAGCCCUUCAGACUUCGUGGUUUCAUCUUUCGAUGUCACCGAGAUCACCCUCGAGUGGACUAGUGUUCCCAAUGCCACGAUGUAUCGACUCACAAGAAACCCUGGUUCUCAGACGGUAGAAACGAGUGAGGAUACCUACACCUUCAUGGACCUGAACCCAGGCACACCUUACACCUUUACGAUCGUCAGUUUCCGCUCCGGUGAUUUCGAUAGCGAAGAAGUGACACUUACCAACUCUACAGCGGAGAUUCCUAUUGGAGAAAUUCUAGUGUCAGAUGUGACGUCGGACCGCGCUUCCCUCCAGUGGCGUAAUUAUCUGACUCCCCCGCUCUAUUCGUUGAUGUUUUCACCGAUGGAUGCUGUUGGAGGGCUGGGAGUUAUAACUGAACUUGAAGUCGAAAUAACAAUCCUCAGACCAGGCGUUGUAGUGAAUGUGACUCUGCAAAACGCAGUCAACAAUGAGGUUCUAGCUACUACACAACUCAGAAGCGCACCCGAAUCACCAGCUAAUCUCACUUUGAACAGCAUCGACGUCCUGACUGCCAACAUCAAGUGGGACUCCCCACCAGGACCACACGACGGGUACCAGAUCUUCAUCCAGUAUUCGGAGCCAGCCGACAGCGAGCGCACGCUCGUCGACACCGUCUCGACCAACCCUGGCUUCUACGUCAUCACAGGUCUGCGGCCGCGGACGGGCUUGACGAUCGAGGUCGGGACGUACCUGGAUGCUUCGGGGACCUUCCCGUUCCAGUCGAGCGAUGAGUCGAAGAACCCGAAGCUGACAAACGAAACAGUCUAA